AUGAUCACAGCAUCACAGGCAGAUAUCAUCAUAGGCACAGAGUCAUGGCUUGAUGAAAGCAUCUGUUCGGCUGAAGUCUUUCCACCCAACUUCACUCCAUAUAGACGUGAUCGCUCUACCGGCUCACAAGGUGGCGGAGUGUUCAUCCUAGUAUCAAACAAGUAUACAAGUGACAGUCCCGUGGAACUCACUGAUGAAUCCAAUAUCGAGAUGGUAUGGUGUAGGCUGAAGGUCAUAGGAUCGCGACACUUGUACAUAGGGGCUUUCUACAAACCACCUUCAACGUCUGACACCGAGUAUUUAGAAUGCCUAGCCAACACACUUAGUAGAAUUCCUAGCAACGCCCACCUUUGGCUAGGAGGCGAUUUCAACCUUGCUGAUAUUAACUGGAAACAUGAAUGUCCCACCGCUUAUGCUUCUAAUGCAAAACAGUGUCAACAGCUUAUUGAUAUAACCAAAGAUGCCUAUCUUGAGCAAGUAGUGGAUUCUCCAACCCGCAUUACUGCAUAUUCAAGCAACAUCCUUGACUUGUUCUUCACCAACAACAAAUCACUUAUCAACAAGUGCGAGAUCUUACCCGGUAUUGGUGACCAUGAAGCAGUCUUCAUUGAAUCCAGCCUCAGACCAAUGAAAGCUAAGAAGUGCCCUAGAAAAGUCCACCUAUACAAACAUGCAGACUACAACAGCAUUAAAGAACAUUUGGAUUCCAACUAUAAUCAAUUCAUUAAUGAGACGAGUGACUAUUCUGCUGAUAAAACCUGGACUACUUUUGAAAUGACUCUGAAAUCACUUAUAGAAAAAUUUAUUCCAUCUAAAGUGAUAAAAGGUGACAAACUGAAGAAGCCAUGGAUAGAUAAGAACAUUCGCUCAAAACAUAGGAAACUAAAACGUUUAUACUCAAAACAAAAAGCAAGUGGAAAGGCUGAAGACCACCGGAAAUAUGAAAAGGCUAGAAGCACCACGCAGAAACUAGAACGCCAAGCUUAUUGGAAACAUGUCGAAGACCUAAUAGAGGGUGAUGAUGACGAACUAGACCAACCACCCAAGAAACAGAAAAAGUUUUGGGCCUAUAUUAAAGCUCUUCGUAAGGAUAGCUGCGGCAUUGCACCCUUGAAGGACAAAGGGAAACUACACAAUGAGCAGAUAGACAAAGCAAACAUUCUGAAUCAACAGUACCAGUCUGUCUUUACCCAAGAAAACAACUCAAAUACACCAACACCCGAUGGAGAUCCAUACCCAUCCAUGAAUGACAUAGAAGUAACACCAGAAGGAGUACUAGCAUUGUUAAAGAAACUUAACCCCAACAAGGCCACAGGUCCAGAUAUGAUACCAUCCAGAAUCCUUAAAGAAUUAGCCGACCAGUGUGCACCAUACCUCAGCACGAUCUUCAAUAAGUGCCUACAGUCUGGAGAGGUCCCAUCCAUCUGGAAAACUGCCAACGUUUCUGCCAUUUUCAAGAAAGGUGAACGUUUUAAGGCCAGUAAUUACAGACCAGUGUCCCUAACCUGCAUAUGCUGCAAACUUCUUGAGCACAUAGUUGUAAGCAACGUUAUGAAGCACUUCGACAGUCACGAUAUCCUCACAGAUAGCCAACAUGGCUUCAGACGUAAGCGUAGCUGUGAAACCCAACUUGUAACACUGGUUGAUGAACUCAUAUCUUCUAUGAGUAAAGGAAAACAGUUUGACCUCGCCGUACUCGACUUCUCCAAAGCGUGCGACAAGGUGCCACACAGACGACUCUUGGCUAAACUAGACCACUACGGUUUCAUCCAGCACGAGACUGUUCGCCGAUGA